GCUCUUCCCUUCUUUGUUAUUUUCCGGAGAGAGAGACAAACUGAGAGUUGAACCGCAAACCCUCAGAACCGCUUUAUCUGAUAUAUGUGUGCGUGUAUAUAUAUAUUGGCAGAAAUUAAAGUCAUCUGUUUCUUCUCAUAUACAUGAGUGAGAAAGCGGGAGAGCGCUGUAAAAGACAAACACGGUUUUUAAUUUCGUCUGUUUCCUCGCUUUGAAUUCCGUCUUCCUCCUUAUUUCCCUCUUAUCAUCAUCCUCCGGCUCCAGCUAUUGGAUUGCACAUAACCGACUCUCUCUCCGUAAGUGGACAAAUCUUCAUAAAAGAAUAGUUGGUUUUUAAUGGAAACGAGAAGGCGGUUUCGGCGUUAGUGGGGUUUCCGGAGAGCUUAUACAGGAGGACGACAAGAAGAGAAGAUCAAUCAGCCAGAGAACACAGGAUACAGGUCGCUUUCUCGGCUCUCAUGUCUUCCAGUAUCAACCAAACAACAACUCACCACGAACCACUUCUAUCUCCUCCACACCGUCGUCGUCAUCAGCAACCACAACAGCAUCAUCAUACCCAAGAUCAACAUGUUUCUUUCGGAAUAAUGCAAUCUUCUCCUCCGUCGACGUUUUCCGUCCCCGGAAACUACCUAAGCAAGGAUUCCGGAGCUUAUGAUCUGGGAGAUUUGGAUCAGGCCCUUUUUCUCUAUCUUGAUGGACAACAAGACCCAUCCAGUGUUCAACACCAAAGACCAGAGAACUCGUCAUCGUCACAAAUAAAGCCUCCCACUCUCAACAUAUUCCCAUCCCAACCUAUGCAUAUCCACCUGCCCUCAUCCAAGGCUAGCAUGGAAGUAGCUCCUCCGCAAGGCAGCAGUGGUCCCAAAGCCCCGUCUGAGCCGUCAGUGGAUUUGGCCAACCCGCGGAACGAAGCCGCCUCGGCCUCUGAACCAACCAAUUCCAAAACGGUCAAGCGAGAGAACAAUCGUAAGGGUCCAACGCCGAGUUCUGAACAGGAAGGCCCCAAAACCCCCGAUCCUAAGACUCUCAGAAGACUUGCUCAGAAUAGAGAGGCGGCCAGGAAAAGCAGGCUCAGGAAAAAGGCAUAUGUUCAGCAGCUAGAGUCAAGUAGAAUUAGGCUUAAUCAGCUGGAGCAAGAGCUACAUCGUGCUAGAGCUCAAGGAGUAUUUUUGGCGGGAGGUGCAGCUUUGGGAGGAGAACAAGGCCUUCCUAUGGCUAUGAGCAGCAUUAGCUCAGAGGCUGCAAUGUUCGACGUAGAAUAUGCGAGAUGGCUAGAAGAACACCAUCGAAUAGUGUGCGAGCUAAGAGCUGCAGUUCAAGAGCACCUUCCAGAGAACGAGCUGCGGCUGUUUGUAGAUAAUUGCUUGGCACAAUAUGACCAAUUAACGAAUCUCAAGAGCUUACUGGCCAAAACAGACGUAUUCCACAUCGUGUCUGGCAUGUGGAUCACCCCAGCCGAACGAUGCUUCAUGUGGAUCGGUGGGUUCAGGCCAUCAGAACUCAUUAAGAUAAUUGUGAGUCAAAUUGAACCCCUGACGGAGCAACAAAUACUGGGAAUAUAUGGGUUGCAACAGUCUACGCAAGAGGCAGAAGAUGCUCUCUCCCAAGGGCUUGAGGCUCUCAAUCAAUCUCUCUCGGACACUAUAACAUCUGACUCACUGAGCUGUCCGCCCAAUAUGGCCAACUUCAUGGGACAGAUGGCCAUGGCCAUAAAUAAGCUCUCUACUCUAGAAGGUUUCGUGAGACAGGCAGAUAAUCUGAGGCAACAGACCAUUCACCGUCUGCAUGAGAUACUGACGACGCGGCAGGCGGCGAGGUGUAUGCUGGCCAUCGCCGAGUACUUCCAUCGUCUCAGAGCUCUCAGUUCUCUGUGGAUGGGACGACCUCGUCAAGAAUGACCGUAACGUAAUCUUGGAUUGGAGCUUCCUCCGAAGUAGCCAGCCAACCUACCUACCUACCUACAUCCUGAAUUAGCCUUUAAUUAAUUAAUUAAUUAAUCUCCUUGUUAAUUAACUUUCUUUCUUCUAUUAUUACUAUUAUAAAUUGAAUUGAAUUGAAUCCAUGUGUCUGCUUCAGCUUCCACCCUGCCUUCUCCCCACGCU